GAGAGGCUGUGCUCUUCAGUGUACAGCUUUAGACCCAAAUACGUUCCAAAAUCUGAUCUUCACUGAGUCACGAUAAAACAGAUCCAACUGCAUUGCAAAAAUGUUACCUAAGCUCUGAAAUAGUGAAUAAUCUAUUUUUAUAUAGUGUUGCUGAUGAAGUUUAAAUGUGUAGUGGGUAAUAGACUGGAGGAAGCUUGCUUUGAGGCAACACGUGUAUUACAACUUGACAAACUACAAUACAAAGGGGUAACGGCCCCUUUCACCCGAUGUCAUACAUAGCCGGCUAGCUUGCCUCUUUCGGGCAAUCACUAUGCCUACACUGCUGGGGGUUUGAGUCUUCUCUGGAGUCUUCACUGGUUAUAAGCUCGGAGCUUCACUGGUACAGCUCAAGCCUCACCCUACCCAGGGGUUCGGCUUUGCCCACAGGGCUCUUCUCUUUUCAAGGCUCCAGGUUGAUCUUCAGUCUUCAGCCGGAUGAUACUGAGCUGAGCUGUUUAUGGACCUUGCUUAUAUACAGGGUCCCGGCUCACUCCGGCCCUGGCCACGCCUCCCUUCCAGAACCUUCUCCAAGGCCCUGGAGAAUGACCUCAUCCCCCAGGCCCCCGUUGGUCCCGAUGCUCCCCCCAGGGAUUGCCUCGGCCCAAAAGUGCCCAUCAUUACUGUUGAGCUAGUCCGGUCUACCUUAUACUCUCUACUGGCUUGAGCGAGUACUGCCGGCUAUGAGUAGUGGCGAUCGUGGCCAACCAUGCCACUACAUUACCCCCUCCCCCCACCUCCGUAGCACCCAGCCGUCCUGGUUGGCAACAAUUCCCCAAAACCGUGAAAAACAGAACAAUUACGCGUGCCUCAAGAAAAACACAACAAGAACAACCCGACAUAAAUACCCCAGCCCACCUGUACAAAAAUUAUACUAUUUACAAAUGUACAAUUAGACAAGAACGCGUAAAGAGGGUAUCCGCACGAAUCUGUCACGGCGCUGCACCCACGACCCACGCAAUUAAAACAACAUGACGACCGAAUGCAAGUCACAGGCAAGGAGGGCCACCAACCGUGGCAGCCCCGGCCGAGACGAAGGUAGGUGCGCGUCGUGGUGUGUGAGGGUGUGGGGAAGGGUCAUAAAAAUCUUGGGGCCCUUGAACGGGUCCGUGUCGCAGGGCCGUCGUAUAGUAAUGGGGGUUUCACAGGGGGGACAAGAGGCCGGCACCCCUUGGGCGACAUCCGGGUCGGCGGCGGAGCCCAUGUCGAGGAAGCGGCCGGUGACGACGGCCGUGGGGGGCUCAUUCCCUCGGCAUCUGAGGGUGCAACAAUAUGGCUGCGCUGAGGGUUAUGUUCUGCAGACAUCGACCCGGCUCGUCGGACACACCACGCGCUCUGCCCCAGUAAUGUUAAACGGACAAUCGCAGCGCGACAAAGGGUUUCAGGUGGUGACACUGUGGUACCGCGCGCCAGAGAUCUUGCUGGGAUGCAAGUACUACUCGACCGCUGUCGACGUCUGGAGCCUCGGCUGCAUCUUUGCUGAGAUGCUGACGCGGCGGGCUCUGUUUCCUGGUGACUCGGAGAUCGAUCAGCUGUUCCGCAUCUUCCGCACACUGGGCACACCGGAUGAGACCGUGUGGCGGGGCAUCACGCAGCUGCCUGACUACAAACCCUCCUUUCCACGUUGGUGUGCCCAGGACCUCACCAAGGUGGUGCCUCUCCUGGACGCCGCUGGGCACGAUCUACUCAUGCAAAUGCUGCAAUACGACCCAACCAGGAGAGUUUCGGCCAAGGCUGCCCUCAACCAUCACUUCUUUCACAAUUUGGAACAUCAUGUGCCAACUUUAAAGGCAAAACCGUAGGGCAGCAAGCAGGGGAUGCAAACAUUUAUGCCGGUGUCUUUUCUUAGCUGGCUUGCUGUAGUCAUAGACUGUAUUAUAUAAGUAAUGUUUGUGUUAAUAACUUUUGAGGCACACUUAUUGGAGAUGUUUUAUAUGUGUAGCAACCAUUUGAAAGAAACUGCAGGAUAUUUUAUUCAAGUUACUUUCGGUAUGUUAUUCUUUACCUUUUAAAAAUUGUACUUAUUCUUAAAUAUUUUUUUGGAACAAUAUUUAGUAUUUAAUAAAGAAAAUGGCCAGUGGACCUUUCUGCAAUUCAAUUUAUAUAACUUAAUAAGCAAGUAAAUAGUCCGAGGUUCUCAUCCUCUACAGAAAGAACUAAAAUGUGUUUUUUUCCUUAGUGAAAAACUUUCUCCAGUGAUUUGGUAGGGCUUGUUCACAAAGCCCUUGAGGAAAAAGCAGUAGGCAUUUUGAAUAAAAAGCAUUUCAAUAUUUGGUGUAAAACAGAUUCUGUAGUAUAAAUUGGUUAUUAUUUUAAAAUAGAGAUGUUCUUAAAUGUUGCUUAGGUGUUCUAAUACUUGUUUUUUUGUCCAAAAUAAAAAUGAAGCUGAAAUUUA